AUGUCACACAGCAAGAGAAAUACGUCCCGCGCCGUCUUUACGUCCUAUGAGCGAGCUCUCGCCAAAGCCAACUGGUCCUCCACCUCGGCCCGGCUGAACAGGGAUUCUUUUCUUCCUUUCGGCUCGUGCCGCCUAUGCCUCAAUGUGGCUCGCGAGCCGGUUGCCUGCCACUCAGGCCACGUCUUCUGUCGCGAAUGCGCCUUGGCCAACCUCUUGGCUCAGAAAAGGGAGCUGAAAAGAGCGGACAAGGCACAUCGUCAAGCGCAGUUGAAGACUGCGCAGGACAAAGCUGCCAAAGACCAGGAGGAUCAACAACGCGCCAUACGGGACUUUGAGUUGACGCAAGCUGGACUCGGCAAUCCCCACCGGAGAUCCGCCUCGCCUACUGCGCUGCCAAACGACCGACGACCAGAUGAUGAUCAAGGAGGGCCAGCAAGAGACGAGCAGGUAGGGGGGGAACAAGCGAAAAAGGAACUUGCGCAGUCGGGCAGCAAACGGAAAUUCACCAUCGACAAUGAAGAGCUUGGUCGCAUAGCCCAAGAGGACAGGGCAAAGGCUAGAAAAGCCAUUGAUGCUGAAAAGGCUACCAAAUCAAGAUUGCCUUCCUUCUGGACACCGUCUCUGACACCCGAUGCCCACUAUGGCACGCUGCCUCUUGCCGACAAAAGCACCAGGACUGCCCCAAUUUGCCCUGCCUCGACGGAAGGCGCCGAGCACGCCAUAUCGCUACAGCGACUGGUCACCGUUCAGUUUCAAGAGGACGCGGCGCGCUCCGGUACCGAUAAGCAGCACUGGAUAUGCCCGGCUUGCGUCAAGCCACUGACCAACGCUUCCUGUCCCGUGAUGGCUACAUCAUGUGGCCAUGUCAUGUGUCUGAGUUGCGUCAAGAAGUUUUUGAUCCCACCCAAGGACGUGGUCGCCUCUGAGCCCGAAGCAUUCAUCACGUGCUACGUCUGCGACGUUCCCAUCAGUAACAAGCCGGCGGAGAAAUCGUCAUCGCCCCCGGAACUGCCUCUAGGGUUGGUUUUCCUCAAAUCUGAAGGGACCGGCUUUGCUGCUCGUGGCUCCAACACGGUGCAAAGAAAUGGCGUAGGAUUUCAAUGUUGA